AUGGCCAUCGAUUAUCGCCAUGGAAUCUCCAUCCUAGAGGUCAUCGUUUACUCUCCAACACUCUUUCUCGCUCUCUGGAUGGCAUUUCACCAUGGUUUCAAAAGGAGUUCGGGCUGGUAUUUUUUCGUCGUCUUUUGUCUUGCCCGCAUUGUUGGCUCAGCGUGCUAUUUGGCCACGAUUCAGUAUCCUUCCAAUGUCAAUCUAUAUAUUGCAUGGGCUGUUUGUACUUCAAUCGGACUGUCACCAUUAAUCUUGGCUUGUAUUGGCCUCUUAUCACGAGCAAAUGAUUCCAUUAUGCGCAAGACCGCCAACCCUCUCCCUCCGAUAAUCUUCCGGCUUGUUGGAUUAUUUGCACUAGUUGCUGUGAUUCUGAGCAUCGUCGGCGCAACGGAGAACUCCGAUAUCACCCAUGCCCUUAUCAACAUAAAGACGAAGAUAGGGCUUAUCCUCUACCUUGUUGCUUGGAUCGGUGUGUGCGGACUGUUCCUCCUGGUUUUGAACCGAUCUCAAAGUAUUGAGGACGGAGAACAUCGCCUCCUCCUGGCUGUGGGAGUCUCCCUCCCCUUGAUCCUCGUGCGAUUGAUCUACUCUUUCAUCUAUGCCUUCGGUCACAAGUCUCAAUUCAAUAGCUUGUCAGGAAGUGUCACAAUUCAGCUUGUGAUGUCCGUCCUAGAAGAAAUUUUGGUUGUUCUUGUGUGCCUGGGCAUCGGCCUAACACUUCAAGUACGACCAGCUGCAGAGUAUACCCAGCAGCCCAGUGUCUCUAGCCGUGGAGAAGAUUCAGUGGAGCUAGAGAGUGGCCGUCUUCAGGGGCAAAGACGUGCAAAAAGACGAGACCAAAAACAAAAGCGUCGGGGUGGCCCCAUUACAAGGCUGAUAAUGUUUGUUGUGGAUGAGGUCAAUGAUAGGAAACGCUGA